UACCAUUGUUUUGCUGUCAAAACAAUUUAUAAUCGGCUUUUUCCAAGUGCUCAAAGGAUCAUUGCUUUCAAAGGUCAAAAAGAAAAAAAAAAUAAUAAUUUAAAGAAAAACGUAGUAAAAACAAAAAGACUUGGUAAAUAAGAGGCGCUGUAGCAAACAAUGUUGCGGCAAAUAUUGAAUUUGAAUUGCCGCCGCAUUGCAUUGCGAACCCAGACGUUUUCAUCGAAACUGAGCGGCGGCGACGGAAAAGAUAAGUCGGAGGUUUUAAACCAUGCAGAUGUACCAAUAAUAGACUACGAUGAUCCCGAUUAUUUGCCCCUCCCAGAAUAUCCACUGCGACCUGACGAACCCUUGCAGGUUCGCAAACAACGCCUUAUAUAUCAGUCUCGUAAGCGUGGUAUGCUGGAGAAUGAUUUGAUAUUAAGCACUUUUGUCGCCCGUUACCUAAAGGAUAUGGAUGCUGCACUGACAGCACAAUACGAUCAGCUCAUCAAUGGGGUAACCAAUGAUUGGGACAUAUAUUACUGGGCAACUAAUGUUAAGCCAACCCCCCCUGAACACGACAACGACGUUAUGCGUAUGCUCAAGGAGCAUGUGGCUAAUUCUCAACGUGAAAAGCGUUUGUGUCAACCAAACUUAUAAAGAAUUAUAAUAUGUAUUAAUGAUAA